CACGACACAAGUUUUUACUCUUUUGUCUUAAUGUAAAAAAGACGUUCUUCUUUUAUAAAUUAAAAAAACGAAUUCUAACGACAUAUUUAUUUUAUAAUUUGUUGAAUGUUCAACUGCUUCUUCGCACACUAUCUCAUAUACUUAAAACAUAAAUAUAUAUAAUGGCUCGUCGUCGUCAUCAUCAUCUUGCAUUACUUUCCUCCCUCUCUCUUUCAUCUUUCAGAUCCAAAAACAGGGAGAAAAACAACGAACGAUGAGGCUUUAUUCCUCUGUUUCCUUCAUCUCCCUCGCUUUAAUCUCUCUUCAUCUUCUACCUCUCUCCACUCAACAAGCUACAGAAUCAUGCAGUUCAACUCUACCUCUCAACGACCUCACCUUUGACUCAUCCCUCCUUCAAUGCGUCGACGCUUGGACUCCCCAAAAUUACAUCCUCCGAUAUGCGAAAACGGUGGAGAACACGUGGAACUUCAUCUUAUCAGCACCCGCUUCCAGCGCCUACAUAGGGAUCGGAUUCUCAACCAACGGUCAAAUGAUCGGAGCCAGCGCUAUCGUCGGGUGGAUACCAACCAACGGCAAAGGAGAGGCGAAACCUUACUUUCUCGGAGGGAAAUCACCAGCCGAGGUGACGCCUGACCAAGGUGAUCUAAAGAUAGUCAACGGCUCGUUAAAGAUCGAGUCAGUGUCGUCGCGGCUCUACAUGAGCUUUGCGUUGACCGCGGAGACGCCGCGGCAGAGCCUUCUUUACGCCAUGGGACCUGCCGGGUUCUUUCCGAGUUCGCCGGGUUUUGGGUUGAGGGAGCAUCGCGAGAUGACCACCACGACUAUCAAUUAUAAUACAGGUUCGCAAAGUGUGGUUAAGGGUUCACCACAUUCUAAGCUAAGGAAGACACAUGGGCUAAUGAACAUGUUCGGCUGGGGAAUAUUAAUCAUCAUCGGCGCCUUAGUGGCUCGACACAUGAAGAAAUGGAAACCCACUUGGUUCUAUGCCCAUAUCGCUCUCCAAACCACUGGUUUUCUCCUCGGUUUAACUGGUAUCAUUUGCGGUUUAGUUCUUGAAAACCGAACCGAUGCCAACAAUGUCUCCACGCACAAAGCCCUUGGGAUAACAAUCUUUGUCAUGGGCAUUCUCCAGGUCCUAGCGUUGCUAGCUCGACCAGACAAAGACUCGAAAUACAGAAAAUAUUGGAAUUGGUAUCAUCACAACAUAGGAAGAGUUAUGAUAAUACUUGCUAUUUCAAACAUCUUCUAUGGUAUUCACUUGGCUGAAGCUGGCUCUUCAUGGAACGGCGGUUAUGGUUUUGUGGUUGCUGCCUUGGCUUUGGCUGCCAUUGGAUUAGAAGUUAAAAAGUUCAAGAACAAGUGAAUUCUGGUUUAAAUAUCUAUUUUCAUCUUCCUGAUACAAUAUUUGUCUUGGAUAGGACAGUGUGAUGAUGUAUUGAACAUUUAUUUGACUAAUCACUUGACUGAGGUCUUCUUUUCGUCAUUUUUACUCUGUAGUGUUUGUUAUUUUUCAU